AUCGGGCCUUGCUUUCUUGGCUCGCUAUUCUGAAACCCAAAUUUCCUAUCCCUAGGUCGGUACGAGCAGCCCAGGACCCCAGUUUCGCAUCUUCCGCCCAAUUUGCAUUACACAGCAGCACGUGCGAAGUUAGACACAAGCCUUAGAACUUUCUUGCUCAAAUUAGGAGAAACCCCGAGCUUCUUCUAAUUCUUUGGCUGUUUCUCGAAGCAGAAAAUAAUAAGUAAAGAGAUCUUCGGCUACUUUCUUUUCAUUUGAGAAAUUCUCUUUUGGGGUUGCAAUGUCUUCACCUGCUGAAUUUUAUAACUCUCUUCCACCCAUAAGCAAGUUCUACGGGACUGCAUGCUUAUUGGCCACUACAGCCUUUCACUUAGGACUAUAUGAUGUUAAUCACAUUGCGUUGAUAUAUAAAUAUGUAUUCAAGUAUUUUCAGGUGUGGAGGCUAAUUACAAAUUUCUUUUUCCUUGGGAAAUUUUCUAUCAAUUUUGGAAUACGCCUUUUAAUGAUAGCAAGAUAUGGAGUUCAACUAGAGAAGGGACCAUUUGAGAGACGGACAGCUGAUUUCUUGUGGAUGAUGAUAUUUGGUGCAUUCUCAUUAUUGGUUUUGUCAGCAAUCCCAAUUUUCUGGACCCCUUUCUUAGGGAUAUCUCUUGUCUUCAUGCUUCUUUAUGUCUGGAGUAGAGAGUUUCCAAAUGCUCAAAUCAACAUAUAUGGCCUUGUGACACUUAAGGCAUUCUAUCUACCAUGGGCAAUGCUGGCAUUGGAUGUUAUUUUCGGUGCACCUCUCGUUCCGGAUCUGCUAGGAAUCAUUGCUGGACAUCUAUAUUACUUCUUGACAGUGUUGCAUCCUCUGGCAACUGGAAAGGUCAUCUUGAAGACUCCUUUGUGGGUACACAAACUAGUUGAAAGGUGGAGAAUAGGAGCUCCAGCCCAGCCAAGCAGUCGUGCUGCUGCUCAGCCUGAUAGAUCAACAGGUGUGGCCUUCAGCGGAAGAUCAUAUCGGCUAAAUGGAUGAUUGCUUUACUUUCUGAUAUCACCUGGCUCAAAUACAUCAUGAAGAUUUACCUGUUAUCAUCUCAACGACCUCGCCAUUUGAUAUUUUUGCUCUUUUCAGAUGAUGCCACUAACAAAGAAGCAAAGUGUUUAAUAACAGCCCAAAACGAAGGAAUUAUUCAAAUAGGUCCCGCCUAUUCAUGUAAUUUCCUUGGGGGAAUUGACUAUAAAUAUCUGAAACAAAUCCAAAUGUUUUAGUGAUAUUUUGAACUAAGAAUGCUAGAAUCAUUUAUUUCCUUCCGAUCAAGACUUUAUUUGCAUGUU